AUCCUUCGGCUUAAAACAAACGGGUGGCCCGGACCUUCGUUUGCGCUGGAGACGAGGCCGGCCUAAGGCCGCCUUUUUUAACAGUUCCCGACACGUACGUAGUCACGACGACGAUGAAUAUGAUGAUUAUGAGGUGGUGAGAGUAAUAGCGACGCGGAGCAUUAAUGGUCGCUGCCUCUGGUAUAUGGAGAGCUCAUCGACGGCUCGAACAUGCCGACUGACGAUGCCGCGGAGCUCGUCCGCCUCAUGACGGCGUACGAUAAUUCUCACGAACCGAGACCGCUGCUUAAUCACCGGGCUACCGUCUAUGGCUUGAUAAUCCCUUUCAUGGCCGUCUCUUAUAUAUGUGUGAUACUUAGAAUAUACACACGGAUCAAGUUACGCUGUUUAGGCUGGGACGAUCUAUUCGUGGUGCUCUUCAGGAUAUCGGCUACAGUUGGCUCGAUAUUCUUGUGUCUUUCGCUGAAUAAUGGGUUCGGCGAGCAUAUCCUAAAGAUCGGAUACGACAAUAUAGUCGCGUUCCAAAAGAAAUUCUACGUCUGCCUAGCAACCUACACCAUCUCAACCACCCUAGUAAAGCUCUGUCUCCUAUCGCAGUACCUCCGGAUCUUCGAAGCCGGGUCCCGCGCGCGAACCGUCUGCUGGAUCGGACUCGCCGUCGCCGGGAUCUGGGGCACCGGCUUCUCCUUCUGCGCCCUAUUUCCCUGCUUCCCGGUCUCCGGGUUCUGGGACUGGGACUCGCCCGCCCAUUGCUACGGCUUCGGCUCCAAGGUGCCCGAGGAAAUAGCCGGGACCUUUGCCGGACAUACGGCGUCGAAUGCGGUUUUGGAUGCCUUGGUGCUUGCUAUUCCCGUGCCGCUAUACUUUAGGAAGUCGACGGCGUGGAAGCAGCGGUUGGGGAUUGGAAUUCUCUUGAUUCUAGGGCUUGUCGUAAACCUCCUCAGCAUAUGGCGUCUCCAAACCAUCGUCGCCAGCAAAGCCGGGACAUACCCCGUCCUCGACCCAACCUGGUACGGGCCCAAGAGCAUCAUCCUCGCCGCCCUCGAAGUCGACCUAGCCAGCAUAUGCGCAUCAAUCCCAACCUUCUGGCCCACCCUCACCGACGCAUUCCUCAACAAAAUCUUCAUAACGCAAGAAGUCCACAUAACACACCAACAUCGACGCCUCUCCUCUUCCUCCUCCUCCUCCUCCUCCUCCUCCUCAACAUCAUCCCCGCAUUUCAACCCGCAGCUUUCGUUCCUGGAGCACGGACGCCAAGACAGUAAGGCGUAUGACCGCCAUUACCGCGACGACUUCGUGCUGCACAGAGUCAUCCCGGCGAAUAUGAUCGAAGACGAUAAAGAUAAGGAUAAGGGCGCGGAGGCCUGCGGCGGGUCCCAGAUCCGGUCCGAGGGGCACCGCGGGUUCAAACGCGAAUGCGAGCGCUUAAGGCUGGUGGCCGUGGAGAGUAAUAAAAGUAGUGAGAAAAGCGAGAGGAAUCCAAUGGCUUGAAGGAGGUAAAUGUUAGGCGCAUUGAUGUUUUGAUGAUACCCCUGAAUUUAUUUUUUGAUGAGUCUGCUUUUACUAAUAGCAUUUCGUUUCGGUCUUGAAAUUCUCUACUUGGAUUCUCCGUAACAUGCCUACAUUUAAGGCUAUGAGCACCUUCAUGGCAAACAUCUCAUCACUAGUAGAAUUACUACUCAACUAUCAGAUUCUACUCUGUCCCAGACUUUUCAUAAUAUACAUUAAACAAUAUGUUUCAAAAUACACGGUACUCACCACAACAUGGGGGUACGUAUACU